AUGUGGAUGGCAAACGAGAUAACAAUCUCUUGCAAAACCUGGAGUAUGCAACUCGAAGCGAACUUGUACGGGGCUCAUACUGAUACUCCAAACCCUUUGAGACGCAACAGCGGACCUGCACAGAGGAAGCCUGUACUGUGGAGACCUGUUGGAACCAUGCACUGGACAACAAGCCCUUCUGCCACAGCGGUAGCUGAGCAGCUUGGGUUGCACAAACAUACUGUGUCAGCGUGUUGCCGCAACAACUCUGCAGCCAAAGGCUAUGAGUUCAGGUAUUCAGACCUGACUGAAGUUGCUUUGCCAGGAGAGGAGUGGCGAGCCCAAGUUUCUGGAAAGAUGGUGAGUUCCCUUGGCCGCAUGUCCAAGGGUAUACUGGGUUGGUUCGCCGAGGGCACGAAAGGAUCGAGCGGGAGACGAAGUUAA